UCCGUUUUGUUGAAAGAAAUCAAACCCUUGGUUCCGCCAUCUUGUUCCUUUCUUCUGUUGUUGCCACCUGUCGUUCGCCGUCGUGUCCCUGCGCCGCUGUCCUUGCCUUCUCCUCCCCCGGUACCGCAUCUUUGUUGUCUUCUCCUUCGGCGCCGCGUCCAAACAGAGCAUAUUCUGCUGUGGAGGCCUCCAAACGCUUGAAAUACAGAGGAUAAGGAAGUAGCAUUCAUGGAUUCACAGGGCCAGACAACUUCUUUGCAGCGACUUCAGAAUGUUGAAAAGAGAAUUGUCAAGGUUUUGGAGCUUGCAGGAGGAGUCAUGGAUGAACUUGCAAGCCCUCUAGGUCCUAGGAAAGAUGUGGUCCAAAAUCACUGCCUUGAAUUCAUGCAAUUAAUCAAGGACAUUCAAGUGGCAUUGCGUGAUGAAAUUAAAAGUGCGUGUGAAUAUCGUCCAUUCGAGAAGUGUGACUAUGGGUCAAGAAUAGCCAAUGAGAUUUGCUACAAGAAAGUGGAACUUAUUAUGUCACAGUUGGAUGCAAUGAAACAGACUAUAGAUGAUUAUCAUGCAGCAGUAUGAACUUAUAUCUUCAGAAGCCUGGGGUUGAGUUGAGUAGAAAGUGUCAGUGAGAAGCUCCGUUCAGAGGGAGGGAAGAAUUCCAGGAGUUAGCUUUUCUCUUUUCUUUUUGUGUGUGUUGUACAUUACCUAUGUAUGUUAGUGAAUGUUAAGAUCUUUGAUAUAUAUUAUAUUAAGAAUAUCUUACAACUCUCAAUGUCACAUUUCUAUUUUGUUUAACUAGGUUUACAUCUCUACUCUUAGUUGAUUUGAGCUCAUGAAUAAAGGUCAGCUAGUGUGUUGUUACAUUAUCUAUCGAUAGGUAGAAAUUAAAAUACCCAUUAUUUGUCUGUU